AUGUCGCAGCCGCUCUUCUUCGAGGACCGACUUGGUUCGCGCUCGGGCACCGACAGCGAACCUGGCCCUGGACAUGUUGCUCAGGCAUCGAGUCUGCCGGACCCCGUGCAAGCUAAAAACAUCAAGGCCGAUGCCGCGCCUGGGGAUUCGCAUCUGAAUGCCGACAAGCGAAAGAGACGUGCUGCGCGUACCCGCCGCGAAAAAGCUCGUCAACAGGCCCCCCAGGAUGGUACCAAACCGGAUGGUACCAAACCGGAUGGUACCAAACCGGAUGAGGACAUCGCAGCCAAACCUGCCGACACACAUCCACACCAACACGAGAACGAAGCAGGCUCCGAUUCAGACUGUCCGUCCGAGCGCGAAAACCGCUAUGACGAAGCACAGGACGCCCCCAUCCAAGUCUUCGGUGCCGCCCGAUCCAACGUGCCGCCGCCAACCAGCGGCAGAAGGAAAGCGGUCUGGGUUGACGACGACGACGAUGACCUGCCGCAGGUCGAUCUGCAUACGGUCAAGCGACGUAGGAAGCUGCGCACGGCCGUUGGCGAAACACACGUCUCAGCCGUCGAGUACGAGCGCCGCGUCAGGGGGAUGUAUCAGGAGGCCAUCACACCCGCGCCGGGUGGAGUCGCCGCCUCCAAGGGGAGCUGGGCGACUUUGCCGUCGGAAAGGAAGAAGGAGGGCUCGUUAGUGCUUGAUAGCGAAGAAGAAGAGGAAAUCCCGUCCACUGACGUCAACGCAUUGCUUAGGACAACUACUCGCCUGCUCAAGAGCCGCAGACGAGCGGCGGGCGCGGGAAUCGUCGAUCAGGUCGCCGCUCCGCUACGGCCUGGCGUGCUCAAUUUGCGCCGCGUCACCAAUGCAAAUCAGGAGGACCCGAACAAGGCGGAGGCGAGGAGCGUUGAGUUUCAUCCGAGCGGACGCCUGCUGCUCACAGCAGGCCUCGACAAGACGUUGCGUAUAUUCCAAGUCGACGGCGUCAAGAACCCCAAAGUGCAGGGCUUGCACUUGACUAAUUUUCCAAUACACACCGCCAAGUUUACGGGAGGAGGGUCUCAGGUCAUCAUGGCUGGCCGUCGCCGCUUCUUUCAUCAGCUUGAUAUGGAUACCGGUCGUAUCAUGACCAUGCAUUCGCUGUCGUCGCAUCCAGAGCGGGCGUGGGAAAGGUUUGAGGUGUCGCCGGACGGGAGCAAGCUGGCGUUCUUGGGUCAGCAGGGGAAGAUUGUGCUUUUGUCGAACAAGUCCAAGCGCGAAAUUGGGCAGCUGCGCCUCAAUUCACGUGUGGCUUGUGUGGCGUUUGCCGCGGAAGGGGCGAAUGAGAAUCAUAUUUACGCGGCCUCACGGGAUGGGACGGUGUAUCUGUGGGACAUCCGGCGCAUGGACUGCAUCGAUCGACACAAGGAUGAAGGCGCGAUUCACAGCACCUGUCUCGCUACUUCCAGCGCUCACUACGCGUUAGGGUCGGAUUCUGGCGUUGUGAAUGUAUAUUCAUCGUCAGCGAUGAGGACGUCUAGUGACAGCCUGCCUGUGUUUGGGUUGCGGACGGAGAAGCCCAGAAAGAGCUUUCUGAAUCUGACUACGACGAUUGACAGGGCGACUUUCAAUUGCGAUGGCAAGCUACUUGCCUUCAGCUCCCACGACAAGAAGAACGCGGUCAAGAUCGUCCACAUUCCAACAAUGACAGUGUAUGCCAACUGGCCGACGGCUAGGGCCAACGUGCGCAGAGCAUGCAGUCUUAGAUUCAGCCCGCAAGGGGGGUAUUUCGCCAUCGGCAACGACAAAGGGGAUGUACAGUUGAUGAGGUUGCCUUCGUAUCCUGCAGCUUAGUCAAAGGCUGAGGCAUUGUAAAUAAUAUAUAGUUUAUGCUGAGAAGAGGCGGAAAACAAACAGGCUCAGUUUAACAAGGGGGCUAUGAUCGGGGUCGUCCGCUCAAGCAUGCCCUGGCCUCUUGUCAGCAUCUGAUCGAUAUCUCCUCGAAUUACGGUUCCAAUGCCGCCGUAAAACAUCCGAGCGGGGACAUCAGCUAGCGACCCCGUGACGCGCUUCACCUCGUGACCGCCAAACCGCUUGAGGUAUCGAAGUAGGCGGCGGUGUUGAUCCGGUGCGUCAUUAAUCGCCAACCCGUACACGCCCUUGGCACCGUUCUGCUGCCCAAACGCGAGCGCGGCGAUAAACAGCAUCAUGCCGGGGGACACAUCCAGCAGCCCACCACGCCGUGCACGCGGCGCAGCUUUGUACGCCUCGAUGUGCAGGCGGCUGUUGGGAAGCACGGCGCCUGUAAUAGACCCGGCAUAGGCGGGCUCGGCAUCCUUGCGGUAUAGACUCAUGUUCAAAAGCGGCCCCAGGCUGUCGUCUUUCAAAUGGAAACCGCGACGGGCUGCCGCCGCUGUCACUGAUGACACGGUUGCGUGGCCCAUAACGAUCCGGGACUUGGAUGAAGGGCAGACACGUUGUGCCGCGGAAGUGCGUCGAGCAUGUGUUACUGAGAGGGGAACGGGGCGGGAAAAGGCAGGAGUGAGGUCGCUUCCUGGUUGCAUGGCUUUGAUAAAAAUGACGCAGCGGAGUGGUCUGCUUGCGUGUUCGGA